GGCCAAUAUACUUUAAUAUCUGUACUGCUAUUUUUACAAUGACCAACUACGAUACCGUUGUACUUGACAUUGAGGGAACCAUUACCCCAAUUACCUUUGUCAAGGACAUCUUGUUCCCAUUUGUAACACAGGGACUUGACUCCUUCCUUACUAGAACUUGGGGAUCUGAAGAUUUAAACAAGCACAUUGCUCAAUUGCGCGAACAGGCAAAAAAUGACGUUGAAAAUGGUAUCCCUGAAGCUGUAUUAAUUCCCACUGAUGGAUCGCCUGAGAAAAUUAAGGCAGCUAUCAAAAAGAACAUUGAGUGGCAAAUGGCAGCCGACCGUAAGAUUGGUGCUCUCAAGGCAUUCCAGGGGUAUAUGUGGAAAGAAGGCUACAGCUCUGGAGAGCUCCGUGGCCAGGUUUAUGACGAUGUUGUACCUGCUCUCAACAAGUGGAGAGAUUCUGGAAAGAAGAUCUACAUCUACUCUUCUGGAAGCGUUCCAGCUCAAAAGUUGCUAGUUGGAUAUUCUGACAAGGGAAAUAUUAUGGAAUACUUUAGUGGUUACUUUGAUACUACCAUUGGACUUAAAACUGAAGUUCAAUCCUAUGUGAAUAUUGCCAAGGACAUUUCAAAAGAUCCUAAGCAGAUAUUGUUUGUAACAGAUAACAUUAAAGAAAUCUUGGCCGCUCAUCAAGCAGGCUUCCAGGUUGUCAUCUCGGACCGCCCUGGAAACGCGCUUUUGGGUCCAGAAAGCGCGGCCUUCCAAAUUGUCACCGCAUUUGAUCAAAUUCAAUAAAGCUCAUUCAUCGUUUUAUUUUUU